AAAGUUAGGGGGCUGGGAUACACGCGGGCUUUAAGGUCGAACGAAAGCUGCUGCUGCUGCUGCUGCUCUUCCAACUCAACUUCAGUAUCUCGUGAAUAGUCGUUGAGUGAAGAGGGCUUUAAAUUUUUUUUUUACAUUUGCACUCGAUUCGUUAUAAUCAUGUGUCGAGCUCACCUCGACCAAUCACCACACAUUUAUUUAAAUAAAUAUCUAUUUCCUCCUCAUCAUCGUGAUUCCCAAACGUAAUCAAAAAUUCAUCUUCUUUUUAUAAUUCCCAAUAACCGCGAAUUUUUUUCUAAAGUUUUUUUGUUACAAAAUUUUAUUUCCAUUUGAAUGGACCUUUUUUUUUUACUUUGACGCACGUGUCUAGUUUCUACAAUUGAAAAAAAAAGAAACUCGUUACAGCAAAAAAAAAAGUGAAUUGAAUACACAAGUGAAUGUAAAUUGUUUCGAAGAAAUCAAAGUUGCCGCCGUACCGCGCCACUACCGACUAAAAUAUGUUAAAUAGAAUUUGUGCGUGAGUCGAAAACAACAGUGUUGAAUAAUAAUCCCGCCAAAAAAAAGAGUGCAUUUAUGUGAUUUUGAUUUUUUCUUGAGGUUAGGAUUUUUCGAAAAAUCAAAAUGUGGUGGUUAAUAGUGUUAAUGUCAGUGAGAACAAUUUGGGGUGCACACGGUGCAUGUGAACCAAUUAGAAUAGAAAUGUGCCGGGGACUUGGUUAUAAUGUAACAGCAAUGCCAAAUUUAAUUGGUCAUGAAGUUCAGGGUGAUGCUGAAUUUACAUUGCAGACAUUUAGUCCCUUAAUUCAAUACGGAUGCAGCGCUCAAUUACAUCUGUUUUUGUGUUCUGUUUACGUUCCAAUGUGCACGGAAAAAGUACCAUCACCAAUUGGACCAUGCCGUGGACUUUGUGAACAAGUUCGUGCCCGUUGCUAUCCAGUACUUCAAGGUUUUGGUUUUCCUUGGCCAGCGGCUUUAAAUUGUUCCAAAUUUCCACCGCAAAAUAAUCAUCAACACAUGUGUAUGGAGGGACCCGGUGAACCUGGACCUGCGAUUCCCAUUCAGACGAUUGGAGCCGGCAAUGGACCUUGGGGUUGUUCGUGGUACGCCAAAUCGGGUCUCUACAUCUUUUUGAAUCGCUCGGGGAGAUGUGCGGCCGCUUGCGAUGCCGAUAUUCUUUGGUCACAAAGGGAUAAGAAAAUCGCCGAGGCAUGGACCGCAGCAUUUGCAACCGUUUGCCUUUUCUCAGUUGCCGUGGCAAUAUUCACUGCAUUAAAACCACGAAAACAAUACGGAACUACAAAUACAGCCGAGAAAGCCAUAACUUGUUUGGCCGUAUGCCAUGCGGUUGUCGCUGUUGGUUACGUGAUUCGAUUAGCUGCUGGACGAGUAGCUGUCGCGUGCACACAGGCAAUUCCUUUGCACUCUCAUCAAGAUCAAGUGAUCAUUGCACAACAUCAACAGCAAUAUCUCACUCAAGACGGUCUGGACAAUCCGUACUGUGCAAUUGUGUUUUUGAUGCUCUACUAUUUUGGCGGUGCUGCGAGUGUUUGGUGGGUGGUAAUUUGUGCAUGGUGGUGUAUUGUUGCAAGAAAAUGGACAAAAUCACCGGACAAUUGUAAAGAAAAUGGAUUUGGCCUACAACAUGGAUUUUCAACUGUGGGUUCAGUUGCUGCUUGGGGACUUCCGGCUGCACAUACAAUUGCUGUUUUAGUAACAAGAGACGUUGACGCUGAUGAACUCAGUGGUAGCUGUUUUGUUGGACAACAAAGUACACGAUCACUACUGGUCCUUGUGCUUGCUCCUCAAUUUGUCUAUCUAACAUUGGGUUCAACAUUUUUCCUCGUUGGAACUGCCGCCCUUCUAUUUCCCCGUCCCUCAGUGAGUCCAAGUCAAGUACUAAAACAACUUCAGCCUAACACACUAAUUAGAAAUCAACGCGAUGGCGCUAAAUCACCCGCAGAACUCUAUAAACGUCAAAAGAAACUUAUCAUUCGAAUUGGUGCCUUUAUUUGUUUCUAUGGUCUUGUUAUGAUUUGCCUGACUUGUACAAUUUUCUACGAAUGGUGGGGAAGAGAUUCAUGGCUUAGAGCACCGGAACCAUCAAAAGCGCCUAAAGUCACGUCAAAACCACUACUACAAGUGUUUAUUUUACGUAUUAUCGUUUUUCUUGGAGCGGGAAUGAUUUCAGCCGCAUGGAUAUGGUGGCCAAAUGCAAUAAGUGUUUGGCGACGUUUUCCACCGUGUAAACAACCACCACAUAAAUGUCAUCCACAUCCACAUUCACAUCCACAUCAAGUGCAAGUGCCCGUUGUCAGAUGUUACAGUACUGGUUCCACUACUCCCACUCCUCAUCAGUUGCAUCAUUUGGGACGUCUAUCCCCACCGCAGCAUCCAUUGCUUCAUCAGCAUCCAAUUGUCAUCAAUAGUCAACAAUUGCCACACAGAAAUCAUAAGAAACAUCGGAAACAUCGAAAACAUCAUAGUGGAAGUGAGACACGUGUUUGAGAUAAAAAAAAAAAAUUGUUUAAUUUCAGAUCUCAUAGAGAGAGAAGACUCAAAAAAAUUUUUGGAAAAUUUUUGACUAAAGAGGCCCCUGAGGGGUUCUUGAGCCAUCACUGGACUUCUCUGAUUGGCCAAUCACGUACGUGCCUCUGUGAUUGAUGCACUUUUUUUAAAUGCGUUUACUAUGAAUAAAUUUUAGUUUGAGCUUAAGGGAAAAAAUAUAUAAUUUUCGACACUAGGGUCGAAAAUUGGUAUUUUAUCGCCAUUUUUCAUUCACAGUGCCAAUGUAAAUAUUAUUUUCUAUUAUCGUAAUUUGUACUAUAUUUAUAUUAUAUUGAAACGAGACUUUUCUUAUAAAUUCAAAUUCAAUUAUUUGAAAAAAAAUAAAAUUCAAAAAUUUUUUUUUGAAAAUUCAAAAUUUUUUUGAAUUAAAUUAAAAUAAUUAUUUUUUUGGAAAAAGUAAACAAAUUUGGUAAAAAUUGAAUGCUCUAUAAAAUAGAGGAAAAAUUUUUUUUUUUCAAAAAUUUAAGAAAAAUUAUUUUUUUGUUAAAAUAAUAAUUGAAUUUUUCAAGACUGUAUAUAUAUAUUAACUAUAAUAAUUAUAAUAAUAUUACUGAAUAUUAUAGUAUUAAGUGUAUAUCUGUAUAUAUUUAUUAUUUUUGAAAAAAAAAAUUUAAUUUUUUUUUUUAACUUUUUUGAGAUAAUCGAAAAUUUUUUUUUUAAAAAAGAAAAUUUUCAUUCUGUAUCAAAGUCUGCACAGCAGGCAAGUAUUUAUGAAGGUAUAAAGAGACCCAAUCUUAUAAAUAUAUAUAUAUAUAUAAAUUGUAAUUGAAUCCUGAUUGUAAUUCGAUACACACUAUAUGGAGAGAAAUUUUGCAUUUAAUGCGGUGUGGUCUCUUUCAUCUUUUAUUAUAGGACUAUUAUAAACGACAAAAAUUAUUUUUUAAAAAAAAGAAUUUUUUUAAAUUGUAUUUAUAAAAAAAUUUAUACAUUUUACAAUUUAAUAAAGAAGAAAAAAUUGUCACGCAUAGCGUUUGGCAGAUUUUCUGAAUAGUCAGAGAAAAAUAAU